AGAAUGGGGAGAAAGAAGCAUACGAGCCACGGUGUAGCGACCAGUGAUAGCUCAAAACCACAACACUGAGAAGGUCAAAAACGUCAACCCCAAGAAAAUGGUCGUCCGCAUUCGUCUAGCUCGUCACGGGUUCAGAAAUCGUCCCUUCUACCACAUUGUCGCUGCGAAUGGGAGAACAUCAUUGCGUUCGCAGCCAUUAGAAACGCUUGGGACAUUUGACCCAAUCCCAAAAAAAGUCAACAUUACGGACAAGAUUCCUAGAAUAAAGGACAUAGAACUCAACGUCCCACGAUUCAAGCACUGGAUUAGUGUUGGCGCACAACCCACGUACGCUGUUACAAAGCUUAUGGAAAAGUUUGAUUUGCUGCCUGCAGCUCCUAAGGUUUUACCAGUGGUAAAAAAAGAGCGCUCUUCUUAACAUGGGGCAGAGCACCCAAAAAUUGUUUCAGUUCUGUUCGCUUCAAGCGUGUUUCAAUUGCCUGCUGCACUGUUCCGUUAUUAGUUUGUAUGAGUUGAUUAAUGUUGGUUUCACUUCUUUUCGCCGGUUUGUUCGUUUCCGUGGUUUCAAAUCCAGUUCACUGUUAGUAUUAAUCAUCCACCACACUUAAACUGUCCGCCUUUCGCAAGCAUAUCUCGAUCCAAAAGGAGAAAGAAACUUAAUAAAAUUUAACCCUGUCCAGUUGUAAAAAACCAUUCACCGCUGAGCUUGUUCCAUGCAACACAGCAGUGAUACGCAUCAUCAACGGCAUCCUUCUCGUUACACCACAGCACACACACAAUCAUCGCACCUUGGAAGCGCUUCUGUACGCCAAAACAACCAAGGGCCUGUCUUUUGUGCCGGCCACCAUUUGUUCCACCACGCGCAACCGCCUUCACUGCUUCAAUAAAAAACGUUUUGAGCUUAGGACGAAAAGCUUACGAAGAGCUGACAAGUACAAAAGCAGCGCCAAAACACAUAAAGCAGUUCACGGUCGCCUGUGGAAACGGUCAUUCAGGGAGGAGGAUGCGAACACGGUAAACGCGCCUGUUCAUUUAAACACAAGCACACAUCAGCCGUCAUACCACCCUCUAACCAAAGAAAGGGAGAUAUGAACAAGCCUUAAAAGUAUAAGAUGAAUCAUGCAUAACAAAUCGUCAUGAAAAUUAUUGGGCAGCAGCAGCAUGCACAGAAUCUGAGGGCGCGGUUGUGACAGAGACGGAAAUGAAGAAGAGGGCUUGCUGGGGAGAGUGUCUGAGGCGACGGCCGCUGCGCGAGCGCUUGUAUCAGUGCUCACACUGCCAUUACGAGACACAUUUGCUGCUUCGGAGGUGAACGUCGUAUCGUACAGGCUGCUAGAACUGUCGCCGCGAACGCAUUCCGUUUGGUCAUCGUCAGCUGUAGGGUUCAGCAACCGGUCACCCGUCCAGACCCAAGUACCGCGAUCAACGAUUUCUUGCAGGAACUGGCCAAACGCAGUACGCAGACCAGAGUUGUCAGCAUCCCAUUUAAAGAAUCUGCACUUCCACGGGCGAUGCUCUGCGCGCUCGCGCUUGCGCAACUCCCGCUGUUCUUGUUCAAUUCUCGUUUUGGAGGAACUUGCCGCGUCAUAAUCACCCUCGGCAAGGGCACGAGCAACGUCACGCCAAACACGUCUUGUUUCGUACUCACCCUGCUGCUCGAUGGGAGCAACCGUUACCGGAGUAGGUUUUAACUGACGGAGGUCCAGGAACGUAGUGCCAUCGUGUUCGCCUUUAUGGCGGAUUUUCGAUUCACCGGUCCAAACACCUUCUACCACGUAAUCGGCCUUCUCGCCCUUCUUAUAAACAUUGGCCUUGAAACUGUUUUUCGUGCCAGAGAAAUAGCCUCUGCCGUGGUAGUUGAUUUUGGUGAUAUAGCCAGUUGUGGACACGAUGUGUGUCGAGUUGUGGAGUUCAAUGUAUGGAGCCAUGUACCAGAGCCCCUCCAAAGUCAGAUUUGGCAGGUUGAAAUAGUACGUCUCGUCAUAUUUUUUCAAAUGGAUGCGGAUCUGGCCAGGCUGUGAGACGGCAAGAGUUCGUCCGGAGAAACGACAUUUGUAAGGGUUGUAAUUCAAAGCUUCAAUGCCUGCCUCUUCGCACACAGCUCGACAAACGGAGACGGGAGGGUGAUGCGACACUUGUUCCACGGUGAUAUCGACCUUGCCCUUUGACGAAUCCCAACUUCCAAUAAGCAGUUCACCCAAAAUUGGAUUCAAGGGCUUCUUUUCCGUACCGUACUACAUUAAGAGUUGUUAAUAGCGUGAACUUUGUCAAAUAAAGUUAGAAACGUACGCUUUGGUUACGAGAAGCGUAUUCACGGUUAAUACCGCAAAUGUACCAUUUCAGCACAUUCAUCAUUCUCUCGAGGGGUGUUUUACCGUCAGGAAUGGAGACAAAAAUCUCGGGGUACUCGUACCAAUACGACAGGUAUUCAAGCAACGAAGUACCCGACAAAAUAAAAGACGGGGCCGUCAGUGAAGAAAGGUCACCUGUGCUGCAUGAUUGUUAGUCGAAGGGUUUCUGGAAAAGCGGGUUUUAUGAGAGGCUAAGAAAGGUGCUAGAGUGAGGGCAACAAAAAAAAGUAUCUGCUCCAUUCACCAACUGUUUUUGUUUAUAUGCAGAAAAUCAGACAAUACAUUACAGUCCCAGUUGCAGCUACUCAGCACCAGUCUCGUCCGUCUUCAAAGUGUACGUACAAGGUAGCCAGGGUUUUGAGAAAUCCCUUGAAGCGUCUCCGUUAGCUAAGUUCCAGAAU